GCUGUUUAAUAUAAACACUGUCACAUCACAGUGGGGCGGGGCUUCUGGGCUCUGACUUGUUGAGCGGGACAAAGGCACACGCCCCGAUCAGUUAAACUGCCGGAGAGGAAAGAACAAGCACACACAGGAGAAAAAAACAGAGCUAGAGGCAGUAAAACCAGCCAAUAAGAGCAAAGACACAUUUGCCUGGCAGCAGAAUCAACUAAUGGGCCUCUGUCUGGAUUAAAACCAUUUAAUUUGUUAAAUCCUUCGUUUUAAUUGAUAUGUUUGUCAAUUGAUAAAUAUAUUUGUGGCUCUCAAGAAAUGAUAAGCAUGCGUAUGCGUGUUACGAACAGGCACAGAGGGGAAUCUGGGAAAAUGUGGCACUUGUGAAAGUAGGCUGAAUCUCACCUUUUUGGACGAUAGGUAGAAAUAAGUGGAUCAGAAUUGUGUACGCCACAAGCUUCAGUUGAAACGUAUGAAAUCUUGCGAUGCUCCACAGCAUGGCGAGCAUGUGUUAUGUUUCUGACUCUUUGAGACGGAAGCAUUAACACCAUUUUUGCAACAUAUUAGGAAAGAGGCAGAAAAAUGUUUCAGCUACUGGUUUCUCAUUACAUACUGAAAAUACAAAAUACACUUCCAGAAAAUCAAAAAAGAAGAAAAGAAGGAAUUCUGCACCAAAAACUGUCCAGAAUUCAGUUUUAAUAUAUCAUAUCAAUUUCAUGAUCAUUUAUGUACUAUAUGAGACUAAAGACACAAUAAGAUCAAUGAUUUCUGCAGGUAUUUCAAGUCAUCACGUGUGGUUCAGGAGAUAGAGCAGGUCACGUACUAAUCGCAGGGUCAGCACCUUGCAUGGUAGCUUGCUGCUUUGGUAAUGAUACAUUAUAACAGAUGGCUGCAGGCUUGCAUUCCUGCUUUCACAGCCUUGACUCAGAAAGUUGACUUCUUCUGUCACUUCAGAAUGAGUAGUUGUCCUCACAGCUUUUCACUUUUAACUGCGCUAUUGUCCUUAAGAGGGCGUAGACAACGUGUCUGCUGUGAUAAAGAGAGUUUCAUCAGCAGGGGUGGAGCCAGACAUUGUAAACAUUCGGGGCUUAGCCCAAACCUUUUUUUUUUCCAUGUAUGGCAGCUGUAUGCACUAUUUUUGAAGCUAUUCGAGAUAAUAGAAUACCUAAAAAUCUGUACAUCAUUUGGGAAAAAUAUGAUAGUUGCCCAGGAAAAAAUCAUCCUGUAGAGCCUACAUCCUAUUUUGUAUCUAAUUGUUCUCCAUUUGUCUUCAUCAUUCUGAAACCAUAACACAACAAAUGUUGAGGAUGACUCAUUUUCACUCCUGCCACCUAAAAAGAGGCAAAAAUUGUCCGAUACAACUAUUGUUUACCAUUUAACAUAGGCAGGGUAGGAAUUUUCAUAAACAGCAUUACUAAUCUUGACACCUAUUUUUGUUAUACUAUGCUGGAGUAGAGUUCAUAGAAUGAAUGUUUAGCUGACAAAUCUGCUACAUUUAAAUCCAUAAGCCAUAAUAAUCUCGGCUGCUCUGACUGCAAAUUAAGGAACCCCAACAACUUUCCCUGUCCUUUCCUUUUUGCUCUUUUUUUCACUCCUGGCCUGUUUUCACACAUUUCUCCUUUCCUUGUUUCUCCUUGAUGUGUGUCCUCCUCCCUCCUCCUUUAUUUUCUUCACUUUCUCUUUCCGUCUUUUAUUUCAAACUUUAUGUCCAUAGUCCAUAAGCUAGUUAGCCAGCUAGCUAGCAAGCUUGCUCACUGAGGUGACAUGAAUUAAUGAAACACAACACAAAUAAGACAAUAACCCCCCAAGACAAUGUUAGGGCAGACCUAGAUGGUGAUAUUUCCCCAGUAAUAGAACUUGUGCUCCUCUGAUUUGCUUGUCCAGUCAGAGAGACUGAGGGGAAAUGACACAAAGUUAUUUUAAAAACCUAAAAUAUUGAGGGCUUUUGAAAAAACAUGCAGGCCUAGAGCCCAAGAAGUUCAUCAGCUGCUUCUUUUUUAGGAGUUGCUCAUGACAAUGAGAGGAUCCCUCAUUGGCUGCAUCAGUAAAAAUGUAUAAUAUGCAUCCCUUCCAUUUGAAGGGGCACCCAGUUAUUCCUCAUCUUUCAAAACAGCACCUGCAAAACCAACAGGAUGGACAAAGAGAAGGAUUUGGGCCACAACCAAUAACCAAACAGCAGGUUCGUUUGCUUAUUUUUGGACUCAAGUGAUCAGACUUCUGACAUCUCAGUAAAAUGCAUUCGCUACUAUUAAACAUCAGGUGUUUACAAGCGACAGAAAAAGUUUUUGUAAGCUUCUCUUCAGUAUGUGCAGUUAUCAGAUUUGCAUUUGAGCAAAGUACUGUUUGUAGUAGGGUUUUAGGGUUAAAGUUAGAACUGGGUUCAGGUUCAGUUUAGGGUUAGGGUUGGGGUUAGGUAUUUAGUUGUGAUUGUUAAAGUUAGGGAAAAGGCCAAAACACACAGAUGUUGAACUGCGUGCAUCAAAACAGCCACUCCUAUUAUUUUCCAUGUACAACUCCUAGCAGCUAGGGCAGCUAGGUGCUCGCCAGUGACGCUCCGCCCUGCAACACUUCAUGCUACUGUCCUAUUUGCAGCUGUCGUCCAGAGAAAAAGCUGUUUUGUACUUCAAUACAGUGUUGGCCCAACUACAGAUGUUAUUUACUAGUUUGUUGCACACUUGUACCUGUAUCUAAAAGGCAAAAAUUAAUUAAUUGUUGUUAAUCUUAUUUUUUAAAGUUAUUAAUAAAAAUUAGACAACUACAAUAGGCAACUCACCCCUGACAUUUCACUGUCCUGUACUCAUAGAACUGGAGUUAUACCCAGGUUACUACUGCAGUGCAACGCUUCCUAUUGGUGCUAGGGGCGGCACUUGAUGCGUGUCAUGUGACUGUUGGGACGGUCAACAGUCAUGUCAUCAUGUUUUCUUUUUAACAUACUGUUCUCGCUCACUAAAUACUCUAAUUUCAAUCAAGUCUUUUUGCAGUAUUUGCAAUCACUGUUAAGCUCAUGACAAUGAAACCCAACAGUUCUGUCACAGAUAUUUUGAAUAUUAGAUAAUAGUCCAUAAUAAUAACAGCUCCUGUCUCUUACCAUAUGCUUUUCAUUUGAAACAUCUGUAUGACACAGAAAGUUUCACUUACAGUCACUAACAGCAAUCUAAGGGGCAGCAAAACAGAGGUGAGUGUGAAUAAAAACAGUAUUUAUGCUAUAAAGACAAUUAUGAGUGUGGGAAACCCUUUACCAUGUUAUAGUACAGGUGAUCAUACGCCUCCUCUAUGGCCUUUAUUAGUGAUGUUUUUUUUGUCCUUAUAAUUAUUUGAGACUCACCUAUUAUUUGAGAAUUUAGAGAAUUUAUUUUGCCAAUCAAAGCAUUUAUCACAGCAGUAGUGCAGCUACAUUUAACAGUAACAUGUUUGAAUGUGGCAUCUAAUGAAAGAAUCUGUUGUAAGUAAGGUGCAGUGUGGUGUCAGUGAGACUCUUUAAAUGGGUCAAACACACUGGGAUACCAAACCAAAAUAUUGCCUGGAUAGCUGUGUUACCACAGGCGGAGCUGCCAGGCAGGAAGAUGAGGCUGCAGCAGCACUGGCUCAGGGACUAGAGGGAGCCUCGCCUAAAGAGUCAGGCCAUUUGAUAACAGUGGACUCAGCCUUCUUAUAUGACCAGGAACAGGCGGUUCUUGUCAGUCCAGUUCUGGACCAGCAGGAGUGGAGCUGUGUGAGGCUGGUGUACCAGAUUGCUGGACAAGGUUCCCUGCAGCUCCAUCUCAGACCAGACAGUGAUAACUUUGACUACAGGCUCUGGACCGCCAACAAAGCCUCUGACAGCUGGCUCAUUGCUAGUGUGGACCUAGCCAACACGACCACCCCCUACCAGAUUUUAUUGGAAGGUCGACCUGAACGUGGCUCAGGCAACAGUGUGGCCAUCUUUGAAAUCCACAUUGUUCCUGGUUACUGCAUAGAGUGUAAUUUUGAGGAGCAUCAUCUGUGUGGCUACAGCAACAGCUGGAACCCAAAUGUCAACUGGUACGUUGGGGGGAGUAUGACUACAGAGCCUGAGUCUAAUCUGCCUGAAAACCACACCAACAGUAACCGCAGAGGCCACUACAUGUAUGUGGACUCUGUGUAUGCCAAGCACUUCCAGGAAGUGGCCAAGCUGACCUCACCCAUGACCACAGUGCCCAUGGCCGGCUGCUUAUCCUUCUACUACCACCGGGACCAGGAGAGGGGAAACAUAUUCUCUGUUUUCACCAGAGACCAGCUGGGCCACUAUGAAGAGAUCUGGAGACCAGAGGUGUAUACCACCAUGGGCUGGACUCUGGUCGGCAUUGACAUCAAGGCCCCACUCCCCCUGGAGGUGGUGUUCGAGGUAGCAUUUAACAGUGCCAGAGGUGGAUACGUGGCCAUAGAUGACAUCUCCUUUUCUCCUGAGUUCUGCCACACAGACACAGAGCCGACCGUUGACCCCUCCAUAGCCAACUGUGAUUUUGAGAAUGGGCUGUGUCUGUACUAUCAGGAGAGAGCAGAGAGUAAGGUGUGGAGCAGAGUUUCGGUCAAGCCUAAUGCCUACAGGAUAGGAGACCAUACUACAGGAACAGGCUGUUUCCUCCUGGCAGACACUCGUUUCACUUCCAGGCCUGGAUAUGUGGGUCGGCUUCAUGGACCCUUUUUACCAGGGAACCACAAAUACUGUCUGAGGUUCUAUUACAUGCUCUAUGGAUUUAGGAAAGUAGAUAAUGCUCUGGCUCUGUACAUUUAUGAUGAGAACAACGUGGCGCAGGAGAAGGUGUGGAGCCUGGCUUACUCUUCCAGGGCUGUUUGGAAAGAAGUGGAGAUCACCUACAUGAAGCCCAUGGUUUCCAAGAUUGUGUUUGUCAGCAUAUGUAAGAACUUCUGGGAGUGUGGCCUGGUAGCCCUUGAUGACAUCACUGUCAGCCUGGGGGACUGUCAAAUCACAGCAGGUUCCCUCCCAGGCCAGUGUAACUUUGAAAGUGGAGUCUGUGGAUACAUCCAGGAUAAGAAAGAAGACAACGCCGACUGGCUGCGAGUCCGAGGAUACACGCCCACCUCCUACACAGGACCCAGAGGAGACCACACCACUGGGGUGGGUUAUUUCAUGUACAUCGAGGCGUCACUCAUGCGUCCAGGUCAAAAAGCUCAGCUGUUGACUUCUGACCUGCGGGGCUCCUCCACUCCUCAGUGUUUAAUCUUCUACUACCACAUGUAUGGAUCUGGCACCGGCAUACUGAGCGUGCUCCUGCGCCACGGCAGCAGAGAGCAUGACGUACUGCUGUGGAGACGGCGUGGUGAGCAGAGCGUCAGCUGGAUAAGAGCAAUGGUGGACUACCACUGUAAUGUCCGACACCAGAUUAUAUUUGAAGCCAUCCGAGGCCCAUCACUACGAAGUGACAUGGCUAUCGAUGACAUCAGUUUUAGAAGGGGACCAUGUGAAGAUCCUGGUGACACUAUUUCAUACUCAGGCUUCUCGGAGUACUUCAAUGAGAUUGAGAACUGAUACUGACAGGAAGCCUUUCUGUAUAAAUGCUUUUUCGGUUCUCAGAACUUGGCUGGGUGACUUUCAGAGGUGCAAAUGUGACAAUUUACAAAGUCGUAGAGUGAUGCUUAUGUUGCUGCCAGGACCUCCACCACACUGCACUGCUGUCUCUCAUCUCUUUCUAAUUCUCAGUGUUUCUCUCAUUACCCUUCAAGAUACAUGAAUUGUAUUGUAUCAUUAUUUCUAACAAAUCUUUAUUUUUCCUUAUGACAUAAUUUAACAGUCACGCCUCAUUUGCAUGACACUCAAUUACACAAUCACAAUCAAGUGUUAAGACUUUGUCACUUAUUUUCUUUGCAAUUGGUGAUUUGAAAAAAACAGAGAUAUCAGUUAAAAAGCACCAUUGCUGCGUUCAUUCAUUCACAGCCCAGGUUCAGGAGACAAAUUCACAAAUACACAUAACUGUAAAUGGAAACUCGCAUUGUGGAGUAUGAUGACGUCAUCCUAGGACAAACACUUAUAUUAUUUUUCCCCCGAAGCUCUCAUAUAAUCUUGUGACAGUGGAACAAUGGACACACUAAACAAGGGGAACACAGGGUAGUAUAUAACAAUAUGAAGUUUGUUUUCAGGCUUACAUGCUUGUUGUCUAUAAUUCUGUAUUCUUAGACGGUAUAUGUCUCGCUUCAGCUGACACAUAAAUCAAAUGUCGGCCCAUUUGCAUUUUACUAGGAACUAGAGAAAACCUGAAUAUUUCUUUGGUCCUUUCAUUGGUGGUUACUUACUAAAUUAAAAUGACUAGUAAUAUCAGAGACAAAAAGAGUCUCAAACACUGAACACUGAAAGUUGCUAGGCAGAGACAGAGUGAUCUGAUUGGUGUGCUGUUUUGCCAAUAUCAGACAUUUUUGAUACCCAUGGAACUUUCUCAAUGCACUUGUGGGAAUAGGAAUAGCUGAUGCCAACCUUGGGGUGACCUCAUCACAGCAGGUUGGUGACAGGACCAUGCGCAGUGUGCAUCCCUGUAAGAUUGCAAGCUGGACUACUGAGUGGCAUUCAGAUAAUACUGCCUAUCAAGCCAGUGGAGUCGGCCAAUAAAGAGUAUCUGCUAUUUGCUCAGGUAAGAGGAUUUAAAGGCAGCUUAAAGGUAUGUUAGGUCAGUGCAAGAGAAUGGCGUCACAGUCUGAUACGCACUGCAGGGUGUAAUGGCGGGUCAAAAAAUAAUUUAACAUGAAUACUGGGCUUCCAUAGGAAUGCUGACCCAAUGUUUGGCACUUUUCACUGUGCAUUGAUAACUGACAGUUUGACAUGAGCCCUUUUGAGACACAACUUAAAAAUAAAGAAUACUAAAAGUUAGUAUUGCUGUUCUGUAAAUUCAGGCAAAUUUUAAAAAGAAUUGUCCAAAUCUGUGCAGUCUGUGUUAGUGUCUAGUGUUGGUCAAAGUCCCACAUUUGCCAUAAUUCAGCUCAAUCGCAUCGUUUUUUACCAUCUUUCCUCCAGACACUCGCCGCGUGGUACACCCAUGUCUUUCAAACUCUAUAAUAAUAAUUAAAAAUAUGUAAACUUUCUACAUGAGGAAAAGGGUAAACUGUUGUAAGAAAGGCCUGUUUGCCAGGUGUCCCAUACCACAGAAAAAACAAGGAACCCCUGGAAGUGUUUUAAUAUAAAACUGAUGUGUUGAGUUUGCCUUUACAGCAAACAAAAGCAAAAGCAAAUGAACACAGCAAAGGAGAGAAAACCAGAAAACAGGGAGGAUACUUGAUUAAACAGAUUAAAUAUACAGUGGAAACUAGAAAGCAAACAUGGUUUGUCAUAGUCUGUCUCAAAUAAUGUUUUCUCUGCGUUCCAGGUGAAUUAAGGCUCUGCCAACUGUACUAUUACACAAAACUACACUUGGCGCUACAAGAGAAUUGUUAAAUCUGCAGUGGUGUAUAAAGUGAGAAAAAGCAUGUUUACUGGAGCUUAGAGGUAAUGACAAUCCCACUUUGGUUUAUUUCUAUGAGAAUGCAAUAUUCUAUAGUGUCCAGAAAUCAUGUGAAAAGACCCAAACCAACAAUGUUAGUCCAUCUUUCAAUACUGUUCGACUUCACCACCCAGUCCGUGUCCAUUGGGGCCUUCUGAAGAUGUAAAUCUUUAAAAACAGCUCAAAAAUAUAUAGUUUCAUUUUUUAAAAGGCUCAGUAAUUUCCUAUAACAAUAUAGUGUAAAACAUUAGUCAAAAAGGAGAAAUAGUGCAUUUGUUGGCAAUUAUUUUCCGUGUCCGAGUAAUCCACAUUUGUUCUACUGAGUAUUUCUGGCAGCAGGAUGGUGUGUGGAGGAUUGAGUGAAAAUAAACUACAGUGUAUGUGUUCAUGGUAACGA